CGCGCUCCAAUUCAAACUUCAGGAAACGAAAGUGUCGUUUUAAAACGGUCUCGCCACAAAACAGACGAUAUUUAGUGGAUAAUUUCCGACUCCGUGUUCUCUUUAGCACUGCACUUAGUAACAACAGAAGCAGCCAUGACAUCUAAAAGUGCCAAAGAGACCAUAGUUGCCAAGUUGGGUUUCAAAUCCAGCAGCUCUGGCUCCAAGGCUGAGGCAGAGCUGGAAAAAGUCAAGAAAGAAAAUGUUCACCUGAGAAAAAAGAUUGAUGACCUGGCCAAACGGCACAUCAAACCGCCUGAUGCGGACAAAAGCAAGCUGCUGGAGAGGAUUCUUUCCCUUGAGACCUUGAGAGAGAGGAACAACCAGCAGUUGCUGGUGAAAGAGCAGGAGCUGGAAACUCUGAGACAGCAGCUGUCAGCUAAAGGAGGAGAGGUGGUGGCGUCGCUGCAAGCCCAGCUGGAGCAGCGGAGGAAAGAAGCAGAGCAGAGAGACACGUUGUUCCAGAGUUUGUCACAGGAGACGGAGAAUCUGAAAAACAAGCUGGUCACUGUUUCUGCCCGAUGUCAGACUCUGGAAACUCAGGUGGCGAAUGAACAGGCACCUGCUGCAGACCUCGUAAUGAUACAAGAUCAACUGAAAGAUGCUCUGGAGAAGAACCAGCAGUGGCUGGUGUACGACCAGCAGAGAGAGGCCUAUGUGCAGUCUGUCCUGGCCCGUACUUUAGAGCUGGAGCAGCAGCUGGCUCAGGCAAAGCAGCAACAAACCAAACAAGAGGCCAGUCCAGAGGCUCCUGCCAACUUGGCAGAUCCAGAAAAGGAAUCUCAGCUGAAAAGCCAAAAUGACCACUUGGUGUCUGGGAUGCAGAAAGACCUGGAGAGCCAAAAAGAGCAGGUUACCAGAGCCAGACAGGAGCUUGGUGUCCAUCGGGAGCAGGCCUUGAAAGCUCAGGCUGAGCUGCACUCUCAGCGGGAGCAGGUCACCAGGGUUCAGGAGGAGAUGUUGGCACUGCAGAGGAAGUAUGACGACAAGUGCAGCGAGCUGUCGUCCUUACUGAGGAAGUACAAAGACAAGUGCAAAGAGCUGGAGGAGGCCAAGAUGGAUCUUCAGGCAGAGCGACUUAGCAACAGACAUGCAGUCUGUGAGGAGAGAAAGGUGUCGUCUGAGCGUGCAGACAGAAUGAGGGUGGAACUGGAGAAUAUGGAUAUCAGAUUGGAGGAGGAGAAGAAGAGAUCUGCUGAGCUUCUGUUGCAGGUAAAUAUGCUGCAGAAGUCCGUCCUGAGCCAGAAGGAAGAGCAGAGAAGAAUCGCAGCACUGGAGCAACAGAUCCAACUCUCUGCCAAGGACUUUGAGAAUGAAAAAAUUGAUCGUCAGAGCAUGCAGCACCAGUUACAUAAGGUGCUGAAGGAACUUCGCAAGGCCCGUGAUCAGAUUGCAAAGCUGGAAUCUGCUAAGCAGCCAAAUGCUCGCUUUUCAGAGCCCAGCUCGUAUAAUAGCCUCGAGUUUGAGCGUCUCACUAUUGAAAACCCUCUUGGCCCUACAUCCCCAUCUAAAGUCACCAACCUCCUGGACGAGAGUUUCCUGGAGUGCCCAAAGUGUCGGGCCCCUUAUCCCACCAGUCGUCACAGGGAGCUGCUGACUCACAUCGAUUACUGCUUUGCGUAAGCUAACACAUCAGCAUAGAUGAGUGAUUUUCAGUGUGCAUGUCCGGACCUCCGCUUACUCAAAGGGGUAAAAACAAACACAAGAUCACUCUACAAGAUUUCUGAUUCAUUCAGGAAAUUUGUGUUUUUGAAUCUAGGUAAAAUAAAACAAUGAACAGGCAGUUUUAGACACUGACUCUACAAACAUAGCACUGAUAACAGAGUAUAAGAUAUUUCUUGAAGUCACUGGAGACCACUUGCAUUCAAUCCUGUUCUUUUAUCGCAAAGUUAGAAAUACCGCCUUCCUUAAUGAUCAUUUAACAUAAAUGUAUAAAAUAUUCAUUUAUGUAAGAAAUCAUGGGACAUAUUGUGCAUUAUUUUCCAAGAAUGAU